UUCUUCCUCUUAAAACAGUGAAGAACAGAGUAACAAGCAUAGAUUUCUCACCGACACAAAGUCGAGAUCGUAUCUCCCGUUAUUGCUUAUAUCUUUUGUUGCAGCAAAGUUGUAAGCCAGUAUGGCUUUGUUAUCAUCUUUGUAAACAAUUCCAUAGAGACUACUUAUCUAUAAAAUCUUGUUUGACCAAAAAAAAAUAACCCCCCACGUCCUUUAAGUUCUUGAAUCUUGUCCAUGGUGUUGACUAGAAAUCUCCAGGUUUUUGUAAGAAAGAAUCAUAGCUAUGGAGGCUCAAACGCAGAUGCAACAGCUUGUUCCGGUGUUCAAUGGAAACGAAUAUGAGCUUUGGAGUAUCAAAAUGAGAACCUUAUUGAUGUCCCGUGACCUAUGGGAUGUUAUAGAGAGUGAAACCUCGGAUCAGCCUAUGGAAGAAGAGUUGGUUAAGUCACAGAGAAUCAAGGAUAUGUCGGCACUUUACAUGCUUCAAAUGUCGGUAUCAGACACGAUCUUUCUUCGGAUAGCAAGAGCUACCUCGUCGAAGCAAGCAUGGGAACUUUUGAAGGCGGAGUUCGGAGAAACCGAGAGUAUUCGGGAUAUGAAGAAACAGAAUGUUGGGAUGGUGUAUGAGAAUUUGAUAAUGGGAGAAGAAGAAAGUGUUGAUGAGUUUGCUUGGCGAGUGAUGGAUCUUGCGAACCGGCUAAGGUUCUAUGGAAGAAACAUUCCUGAUGAUGAUGUCAUCUUUAGGAUUAUUACGAAGUUACCCGCCAGUUUUAACGAGUCUGUAUCAUACAUUCGAACUUUAAAAGACGUUACUAUCACUGAGGUUGUUGAGAUGUUGCGAGGUGAUGAGUGGUGGCAAAGACUUAUGGAUGAAGAAGCUUCCGGGAGUGAAAAAUGGUGUGAGUUUUGCAGGAAGAAGAGGCAUGACACCUCAGAAUGCUAUUCAAAGAACAAGAAAGUAAGACGGUAGAGAGAAUCCUUGGUCGUUUGCAUAAUUUUAGUUAAAGAAGCAUGUAAAAGUUGUUAAUCCAGCGACCUAAAGAGUGUGAUGUGUGUUGUUGUCAUUGUGGAUGAAUUCGCAAUUCGUAUGUUA